AUGUGGCGGGUGGAGGGGAAACGGCUGCUGAAAACAAGCCGGAAGAGCGUUUCCCAAAGUGUAUUCUGCGGAACUAGCACCUACUGUGUCCUCAACACCGUGCCACCUAUAGAAAAUGACCAUGGGAACAGCAAUAGUAGUCAUGUAAAAAUCUUUUCACGGAAAAAGCUGCUUGAAUGUCUGCCGAAAUGUUCAAGUUUUCCCAAAGAGAGGCACCGCUGGAACACUAAUGAGGGCUCAUGA